CAAGGUGCGGCAGCUCCACUUGGACGACCACCGGGGGCAGCUAGGCCGGCCAGCAAUGGCGGCGCGCUCCAAGGCGGUGCUGUUCGCCACCCUCCUGGCCGUCGCCGCGCUCUCCGCCGCCGCGGCGCUGGACGACUACGACCAACACGUGUACCGCCGGUGCUACAGGUCCUGCGUGAGGAGAUGCGACGACGACUACGACGAUGAUGACGACGACGCCUUGAAGAAUGGCGUCAGUCCCCUCCGCGCCGCCGUGUCCGACGACCCCGACCACAGUGAUCGCGGCCAUGUCCACGAUCUUGACGACGACUGGGAUGACGAUGACGACGACUGGGACGAUGACGAUGACGACGACGACGACGAUGACGAUGAUGACGAUGACGAGUGCCGGGUGAGUUGCAGGGAUGACUGCACCGAAUACGUGCCCGGCGUCUGCUACCACCACUGCGUCUCCCACUCCUGCUUCUUCCUGCCACCGUAUAGCUUCCGGAGAGUGGCAUGCUUCAGGGGAUGCGGCCACAGAUGCUACCACCACGGCCACCACCAUCACCACCAUCACCAUGACGAUGACGACGACGGUGACGAUGACAAGCCAAGCCCUCCCCAACCUGGGCCGAAGCCGACACCGCCCAAGCCACGACCGGCCCCCGUGCCGCCGAGCCCUGAGUCAAAGCCACCGGUGGCCGUGCCCAAACCGGGAACGCCGCCGCCCACGCCGGCACCGGCACCAAGGACUCCGAAGCCGCCAACGUCAACUCCGAGGACGCCCAAGCCGCCGUCGCGCGGACCGAGGACGCCGAAGCCGCCGGUGCCGAGGCCGACGACGCCCAAGCCACCAGUGCCCAAUCCAGGUCCGAGACCAUCAGAAUCGCAGCAGCCGCCGCCCGUCAACAAUUGAAGGACAACAACACGUCCGAGACAACACCUGAUGAUUAAGCAGAGGUUGCAAAAGCGAUUACUGGUGUAUGGAUUGCUGUCUUUGGUAGUAAGAUGAGAGGAUUAUUAUAUCUCGAUUGGUAGCUGUAAAAUGGGCAUGAACCUUACAUAAGCCUACAUCUAUGGGUCCAGUCCAUGUGACCAUGUCUGCGUGAUGUAACUGAAGAUCAUGCCAUACAGCAGUGAACAUUACAUUGUUUACAUU